AUGGACUUGGUUCAUGCCGCUACUGGUUCAACUACAAAUCCAAAUUGCACUAAUUUCAUUGCACAUGCGGUGGAAAAUGUAGGAGGAAAGGGAAUCUCAAUCGGCCUGGCAUUUUUCUUCAGCAAUCUCUUACACCAGCUUCUGAAGCCUCUAUCCCAACCACGCAUAGCUUCUGAUAUUGUUGUUGGGUUGGUUCUUGGCAACAUCAGUUUGAUACGCCAUGCUUUCGAUGAACAAUUUAUUUCCACAUUAAAUUUUAUUGCUGAGUUUGGUAUGAUGUGUUACAUGUUUGUGCUGGGAAUGGAAAUGGAUCCAUAUGUAAUCUUUAAAGGACCAUCAAGAAAUGCUAUGGUAGCCUAUUCUGGAAUGCUGUCCACAAUCGUUUUAGUCAGCAGCGUAAUCCCAUUUGUGCACUAUCCUAAGCACCCUAGCAUUGGCUUCGGUCUUUCCCUCUCUGUCACUCUCUCUGGCAGUUCCUCCCAUAUACUAACUCGCCUUAUGACCAGUCUCAAAAUAGGCAGGAUAUCUUUUUUCCCACCCACAGUCACAGUUACCGAUGUUGCUGCAAGAAUUAAAUCGACCGUAACUAUGGCUGCUGCGUUGCUUCUCCAAAUAAUUUUCACUGUCACAGCUUCUCCCAUCUUUAUGAACUGGGUCAACAACGAAAACCCUGAAGGGAAACCAAUGAAAGGUUCCCACUUGGUGCUUUCCAUUGCCUUCAUGGCUUUUGUUUGCAGCGGUGCCCCGAUUUAUGGAUACAGCCCCAUUCUCAGCGCAUUCGUGGCUGGAAUUUUCUUACCAAGUGAGGGGAGAGUAUCAAAAUGGGCAGUUGGCAAAAUCAACUACUUAUUACCUACCAUUUUCUACCCAGUUUUCUUCUUGUGGAUGGGGCUUCAUGCUAAUGUCAGAAGAUUUGAAGCUGGCGAAUGGAGAACAUGGGGGAGGUUUUUUCUCCUUGUAUUCAUUACAAUAUUUGGCAAAGUGAUCGGAACAGUCAUAUGCGGAAUAAUGUUAGGUUUUCACGGGCGUGAAUCUGCUGAGCUCGGUUUCCUUCUAACUGCAAAGGGCCACUUUCAUGUAUUUCUGGCAGUUUAUGCAAGCCUGUUAGAUAUUACAACCACUUCAACUAGCAUUUCAUUCAUUAUUGUGAUCUUCCUUUCGGUUGUACACACCCCAAUAGUUGUGUCACAAAUCAUUAAACGUGCGAGGAAACGUGCACCUACUCAACGAAUGGCUCUUCAGUGGCUUGACCCCUCGAAUGAGCUCCGGAUCUUGCUGUGUAUUCAUGGAGUGCAUAACGUGCCUUCAACCAUCAACUUCAUGGAGAUUUCUCAAGGGGCAUCUGAUCCAGGAAUUCUGGUUUAUCUUACUGACAUGGUGGAACUCACAGAUCAAAUAGCUUCUACACUUGUUCAAGAACGAAUGGACACUGUUACUGUGACUGACACUGAUGUAACCGAGAUGAGAGAUCAGAUCAGUACUACAGUCCAAGCAUUUGUAGAGGAAAAUGGUGAUGGUAUCACGCUCAGACGAAUGCUUGCUCUUUCAACAUUCAAUUGCAUGGCCAAAGAUAUCUGCAAUUUAGCAGAGGACUUGUUGAUCUCCCUCAUCAUAUUGCCAUUUCACAAGAACCGGUGUGCAAAUGGGACAUUAGAUGGGGGUAAUCCUGGGUUUCGAUAUGUGAACCGUAAGGUGCUCCGGAAUGCCCCAUGUUCGGUGGGGAUUCUUGUGGAUCGAGGUUAUGGAUUGGUGGAGAAAAUAUCGAAGUCAGAAAGAACUUUCCAAGUAGCAGUCAUCUUCUUUGGCGGCAAAGAUGAUAGAGAAGCACUAGCAUAUGCAGGUCGUGUUGCAAGACAUCCUGGAGUAAAACUCACGGUGAUAAGAUUUCUACUCGAUAGUGAUUCAGAGACGGCCUUGAGAAGAGCUGGCAAUUAUAGGAUAAAUGCUGCAGAGCAGGAAGAAGAGAUGAAGCUUGACGAUGAGUGUUUUGCUCAAUUCUAUGAACGACAAAUUGCUGGGGGACGUGUUUCCUAUAGCGAGAAGCAUGUUGCCAAUUCAGCCGAGACCUAUGCUACUCUGAGAUCAUUGGAAGGCCAGUAUGGGCUAAUAAUAGUUGGGCGAGGUGGGAGGGUGAACUCGAUAUUGACGAUCGGGAUGAAUGAUUGGCAGCAGUGUCCGGAACUAGGGCCAAUAGGGGAUGUUCUUUCAGGGUCUGAUUCAUCUCACACAACCUCUGUUUUGAUCAUCCAACAACACAGUCUUAGGGGAGAGUUGGAUGGCGUGGAUGAUGAAUUUUCUAUCAUGUAA